GGUGAGAGAGAAGAGAGAGCGAGUGACUCUCUCACACACCCAAGAGGAAGUGGCUGUAGUAUAGCACAGAGCUUAUCUUAAGUGUGUCUGAUUUAUUUGUUGUGUGUGUUAGGUGAAAAAAAGCUGUACCUGCCUCGAUAUAGCGCUCCACAUUGGGCAGGCCGUCGCUGCCAUGGUGAUGUACCCUCGUCUUUUUAGGGCAGCUCAGUGUGAGGGUUUUACAGUUUUUUUUCUGUUUUUUCUUGAAGGAUUUGUGACGCUGCUGUCUGAAGAAGCCGGUGUGUAACCCUACCCUCCCACUAUCCUGCUUCGCUGCUCCGCUUCAUUGCUUCUCGUUUUCUUGCAGAGGUGUGCGCGUCUAUUGGCUGUGUGUGCGGUGUUUGCCCAUUCCUCCCUGAGCAAAUUUCAACUGCUUGUUUGCUUGUACUGGAUUAAAACAGACCCGUUUCUCUCAUUGGAGGAGGCUAACUGGAUGGUUUGUUGGUGGAUAUACAUUUGAAGCCUUCAAUAACUGGAGUUACUGUGUAUUGAUUGGGAAGUAACACCUCGAUGAAAAAAACAAAACAAAACAAAAACAAACAAACAAUGCGUUUAACUGGAUCUCGGUUUCACAAAUUGUGAACAGCACUUACUUGCAAGAUUUUGCUUCAUUUUCUGCGCGCACUUCUGUGACUGGCUGACUUGUUUUUUGAAAACAGAUUUUGUUCCCUUAAAAGCUGUAUUUAAUCAGAAUUCUGGAUUGUUAUAAUCGUCUCUUAUAGUUAAAGGACGCGGCUGUUUAACCGGAACACGGAGUGAUGUGUGAGUAGAAUUGGGCGGCAUGCCCCAAACGCUGAGUUCUACCAGUAUGUUUACCCCCAGUGGAUUCAGCCCUCAUCUGCAACCUCCUAAAGAAAGUGACCAAGGAGGACUGAUCUUCCAGGAUGGAAACCUCACCUCUGCAUCCCUCGAUGAUUUAAUACAACACCUGGUUCCCACUACAGAGUACUACCCAGAGAAAGCCUACAUAUUUACAUUCCUCCUGAGCUCCAGACUCUUCAUUGAACCUCAUGACCUGCUCUCCAGAUUGUGCCACAUGUGCAUCGAACAGCAGAACCUUAACGACCCUGUACUUGAUAAGGCAAAAGUCAGAAAAUUUGGGCCCAAAAUCCUGCAGCUCCUGACGGAGUGGGCGGAGACGUUCCCGUAUGACUUCAGAGAGGAGAAGAUGGUGGCACACGUGAAGGGAAUGAUCCACAGGAUCGCUUCCUGCGAUGAGGCAUACUGGAAAACGAUGAACCAGCUCCUUCAGAAUCUGAACCAGAAGCUGGCCUCCUUGAACCAAGGGGAGGAAAGCAUUGUUAAAGUUAACGCCUCCGUCUCGGACAAGCUGGUCGCCUACAAGAGCAAACCCCCUCCCAUUCAGAGGGACAUACUGAGCAUCUGCAACGACCCCUACACGCUGGCACAGCAGCUAACCCACGUGGAGCUGGAACAACUCAGUCACAUUGGCCCUGAAGAGUUUGUCCAAGCCUUUGUACAUGACGACCCCCUGGACAGCACAAGGACAUGCUUUAGUGAGCAGAAGAAGACCACCAACCUUGAGGCCUAUGUAAAGUGGUUCAACAGACUGUGCUAUCUUGUAGCCACUGAAAUCUGCAUGCCCGCAAAGAAGAAGCAGCGAGCCCAGGUGAUCGAGUUCUUCAUCGAUGUGGCUCGGGAGUGCUUCAAUAUCGGCAACUUCAACUCCCUCAUGGCUAUCAUAUCUGGUAUGAAUAUGAGCCCAGUAUCUCGACUGAAAAAAACCUGGACAAAGGUGAAAACUGCUAAAUUCUUCAUUCUGGAGCAUCAAAUGGAUCCAACAGGCAACUUCUACAACUACAGGACAGCCCUCCGAGGUGCAGCUCACCGAUCCCUGACCGCACACAGCAACAGGGAGAAGAUUGUGAUCCCAUUCUUCAGCCUGUUAAUUAAAGAUAUCUACUUUUUGAAUGAAGGUUGUGCAAAUCGCUUGCCGAACGGUCAUGUCAAUUUUGAGAAAUUCCUGGAGCUGGCCAAGCAGGUGGGAGAGUUCAUGACCUGGAAGCAGGUGGAGUGCCCCUUCGAGCAGGACCGCAGCAUCCUCCAUUACCUGCACACUGCCCCCAUCUUCACAGAGGACGGUCUUUAUUUGGCAUCCUAUGAAAGUGAAAGCCCAGAAAACCAGGUUGAAAAGGACAGGUGGAAAUCACUUAGAUCCACUAUCCUGGGGAAGACAUGAGUGCAGUACUGCAAAAACCUUUGAUAAAAGGGACUCAUUCUUUGCACUAGAGACAGAGCCUAGCUGGGACCUAGGUACUUUAUUAAACCACGAUGAACAGGAUUCGUCAGCAGAAACCUCUACCAGACGCCCUCAACAAAAUACUGCUCUCCUGGGCCAAGUGCUCUUGUGAAGUAUUUAAAAACGUUGUAAAUGUUUGGACUGUCGUCUCCCAGAGUGGACUUGAGGUAUCAUAAACUGGAUGUUGUGUUGUUGUUGUUGUUGUUGUUGUUGUUGUUGUUGUUUACAUUUAGCCUCAAUAUUACAGAAUGCCGAAUUUGCAUCAAAGGCAAUUGUUUCUUUUUCCUAAAUGGUUAAAUGUUUUUAAUGUAAGUAACUUUGAGAAUGUGGGCACUGGUUUGCCCAUGCUCAUAUUGGAACAGAACUACUGGAUUCAAGUUGGACUUAAGAGGCAGGAGAGGACUACGAGUCAGUGCUGAGCAUCUCCAAAUGGGGGAAGAAGACUCUUAAAGACUGAUAUUCAGUUGUGUUAUUUCUCUGAGAAUACUUUGUGGGAAAAUAAAGGUUUGACUUGCAAACAGUCUUUCUUUUGCCGUUCAUGACCCGGUAAAAACAGAACAAAUAUUGUUUUUUUUAAAGUAGUAAAACUGUGUAUGUAAGCAUAGGUAAAAUAUGGACCUACCAAAUUACAGUGUUGAUUUCAAAAGAAACACAGAUCAGAGCUAACUUCUCCAUUUACAGGAGUCUUUAGUAUAAUCAUUUUUUUUUAACUUCCCAUGGUUUGUAACAUUUAAUAUGAUUUUCUUAAUGGACACUCACUUGAAAAAUAUGUUACUAAACCAUUGAUAAAAAACGAAAUAGUAGGUAAGGUACAUAUAUUUUUAAAAUCCCCCUCCUUAGGUUUACUGUAAUUGGUUUGUGGGAAAACACAUUUGCAGGUUUAAUGAGUAAAUAAAGGAGUUGCAGUGUUUUUUUGUGAUAACUGACAUUGGACAUUGCUUUAGAUUAUCACAAGGUACAAAACAAGAAGAUGCAAGCUUUUAGAAAGCAAUUUGAAACGCAAACAUUAUUGCCUUAAGUGUUACGCUAUCGUAAUACCUCUGUGAGCUUCUAAAAUCUACCCCUAAGCUUGUAAUGACGAAUGGGAUUACAUUCUUUGGUAAAUUAUAACCUAUUUGAAAUGUUUACCAGUACUAACACUUAAACACAAUCCACUAAAUAGAACUGCAGCAAAAAUGUAGCUAUUUUUAUUCAGAAGUUAAUAUGUACAGUUGACCUUGUCUCUUGAGGCAGGGCUUCCCAAACUGUGUUUGCCCCCCUAUGACAGAAGGCAUUCUAAUGGAUACACAAAAAGAGGAUGUUUUGUUCUCCUUCCAGUUUUUGUUGUAUAAUGAUACAUGCUGUUAGCACGGGCAAUGGAAAUAAAGAUGUACGAUUAAGCUGGUGCCCAGUAUUAAGUGAUACAUUCAAAAUCACCCCAAACGCCUAACAGAAAUGUUGAUGUAAACCAACUGCUUUGUCAGGUGUCAUGGUGAUUUGGGAGAGACUAUUUCUAUGUGUGCUGACUCCUCUCGUGCCCGCAGUUGGAGAACAUAGGUCUUCUGCUCGUUAGGUUUUCUCCAAUAGCCCGAUCAAAACUGUACCUUUAAAAAUAAUAGGUAUCUUUUAAAUAAAAGAUAAGCAGGAAACAUCUUUGUUAGCAGAUUUAUUGCAUACUUUUUUGUGACUCCUUACCAGACAAUCCUUUGGCAAAUAUGCAAAAUGCCUGAUAGUAUCUGGGGUACAUAAUGAUUUAUUACAGUAUAUCCAAACACAUUGAUUGGUGUUUGGAAAACUGUGCGGUUUACUGUAACACGAUUCAAUAAGGUUAUCAAGCCUUACACCAUGUACAGACUGCUUCUGAUCCAAAAACCACACUGGACAUCUUCUUUCUGCUAGUUGUCAUGCAACCCCUGGAAUAGGGCACUAAUUGUGCAUCGCAAACUGCACCUGUAAUCACCCUGAGAGAAGCAUGAGGAACCCUACCACUUCCAUAGCUGUUUGUGAGAUGGAUCCUGAACUCUCAUGUAUUGAUAUAACCCCUGAGUUUGUAAUCCUGCUAUGUUGGGAUUGUUGAUGGACUCCCUUGUUGUUUGUAACCUCUGAGCCAGCGGUGUGUGUGAGCAGGAACUUGUUGAUGGACACUCCUCUUAUACCCUCCCUAAAAAAUACUGCACAGGUACUAAGUUUGUACUAUCUAUGUAUUACAUCCCUUUAGAAGUACAUAGUUCUUAAAAUUAAGUUGUCCCCUACAUGACAAUUCCAAUUACAUCAUUGGGGAUACUAUUAUAAGAGUAUUAUUAGAAGAUCAUAGCAUUACCAGUAAUGGCAACAUGAUGCCUUUGGAACAAAUAUUCCACGGUGGUCAUCUCACAAGGUCCUGUACAGCAGUGGAUUGCUAGUGCACAUUGGGCAGUUUAUUAUUGGUAUAUGAAGAAAUGUCCACUGUGGAACCAUGUUUCUAAUGGCAGUCUCAUACACUGCUGUUCUUGUGCUGCCAUUGGCUCUUAGUACAGGACCACUGUAUUGAUGUUUUAUUGCCAUUGAUGGGAUAGCUGUACCCCAUUAGUACUACUAAACGAUAUCCUAAUUGGAUAUUUAUAAACUACAACUAACCGUGUGCUAUUUGACUGCUGCUAAUAAAUCAAUAAUUUGUUGGAUAACCUCAAGUAGUGAAUGCAGUAGGGCUUAAAAGAACUACACUAUGGUACCUAAUAAACCUGGUACUGCCCAGUCUGGCUUUAGUUAUACAGUAGUAGUACAUUAAUACAGUAGUGACUUGGCAGUAACAUUUUGUAGGCUCUGAACUACUGAAUCUAUGAAAUAAAAAGGAAAUUAGAAAGAUUCUGUUUUUCUCCGUGUGACCUCAGUAACAGCAGUAUUUAUUCAUUGACGAUCAUGUUGCCUUUCUUUUGAGGAGUGUGCAUUUCACAAUUCCCUGGUAAACUGCCUGAGUUCCUGUACUGCUUUAUCCACCACUUUAACCCUUGCUUCGUGCUAACUUGUCUGUGUAUAGGAUUUAUAUACUGAAUGUGUAAUUGUUAUACUGUGUUUUAACAGUUUUGCCUGAAAUGUCACUAAUUUCUAAAACAAAUUUGUAAAGUGAAUGGAAUCAAUUGAGCUAUAGUCAAGAUGUGGGAGAUUUUGUUUCUCUGUCAAUGUGAAUAAAGAAGUAAACUGUC